AUGUUCUGCGGCACAUUGUUAUGUCGGGGUGGAUACAUGAUGUACCACCGCAAGGCGAUGGGAACAAUGAAGUACAGCAAAUGGAAGGGUAGUCACGGCGGCAUAAGCCACUUCUACGGCCGCACGCCCAUGAUUGAGGAGGUGCGGCGCAAUGAGCCUAUCACACUCAUUGAUCGACGAAUUAUGCACUACGUGCACCGGUCACGUCUGCGCCACUUCCAGUUGUUCCGCUCGUACCAGCAGAAAUCUAAUUCGACGGAGUGCAAGCUGCGUGAAGGCGAGAUGCUGCGCCGCCGCUGGCAUCGCAGGCUUCAGAAGUCUUUUAUCUCAUUCAUGCAGUUUAAGACGAUGAAGGUGCUUGAGGAUCAGGCAAAACUGGUGAACACGUACGGACAGGGGGCGGUGAACGCGGCGCUAGGCGACCCAUGGAACGCCGCCACGGACGCGGAAAGGGAGCGCAAGUGCGCGUCAAUCCGGCGCAAAGUGCGGGCACUGCCAACCGUCAACGUCGUGCCAAAGCACGUGGCGACGAUGAAGCAGAUUCACAAUGAUCGCUUCAACUACCGCUGGAGAGUGAACUGA